AUGGCGAGCCUAUGUAGGAAGCAGAAAUGUAUGACUGAAAGACGCGGUGAUAGACAGGCUCUUAACUCGUGGUGGUGUAAAUUCUUUCACUGUGUGGGUCUCGAAAACAUUUUGGAAUGGUUAUCUGGGUCAGGACUGUUAGAAGACCUCCAGUUGUUUAAAAAUUGUGAGCCUGCAGGUGUGUCAGAUUGGUCAUUUGAUGAAAAUUGUGUAUUCUGCUGCUUAAGACGAGAGGCAGUGAAGGAACACUUGCUUGACGCAAACAGUCAAAUCUCGGGAAGUGGGCGUAAACCUUUGCUCUUUGAAGAUCUCUCAAGUAUCAGCAGGUUUGAGUGGCAAACAGAAGAAUUCCUCAAUGCAGUCUUCUCCAGAAAGUCGGAUCCACCAAGGUUCCCUGACCCUCACAUCCCUGUAGUGGCUCGUGAGAUAAUGCACCGAAUGGUGCGUCAGUUUGCUGCAGAAUAUACCUCAAAAACCAGCUUUUCUCAGGCUUCCCCUCAUCGAAACGGCAACAAGGACCAAAGCCUGGUGAAAGCCUGUUCUGUCGUAUCUCCUCCUCCUACUGCUGCUGCUCUUGCUACGGCUUCCGCUUCCACACACAACCCGGUCCUCACCAGACUCCUCAUGGAUGACCAAGACUCCCCGCUGGACCUCACAGUCAAGAAGGUUGAGGUGGAGAUUUUUGAACAAGAUGGAGUUCUUGACCUUUCAACCAAGAAGAAUCGGAACCGAGAGAGCGUUUCCUUCAGAACUCCCCAUGUCUCUACCACAACACCAGUGGUCAAGGGGGACUCUAGGGACCGAAGUCUCGCUAAAGUCAGAGGUCUGCAAUCAGCCUCUGCCUUAGAACAGGUCAUGGCAAAACUUUGUUCACAUCACCAGCGCCAGAUUGUUGAUGCUCUGGGAUUCUUGCAGACUGAAGUUAAAGCAGUAGCGUCUUCUAGUGGUUUGCAUCCGUCUACUUCGAAGCCCGUUUCGGAAGAAGCUAAAACAUCUGACUGCUGUCAUGUACCUCUUGAGCAAAGCUCUGAGACUCGGCAAUCUGAAGAACAGGUUGGACUGACUGCUAGCAAAGAUGCAUCAGACUUAAAAGAAGCGGCUGCACUGAAGAACAAUAAAUGGGUGACUGUGAAGUGCCCCCCAAACACAGAUGACUCAGUGAUGGUACAAGGUUAUACAGGGCCCCCUCUAGAUCUCAGUAAUACUCAUAUUAGCAAGGUCUUAACAUCCCCAUUGAGCUGUACAGAUAGUGAAUCAGUUUCCCCUAAAGGCUUAUCCCCCAUCAAAAUUAAAUUGAGAAGUGGUGCAGCUUCACACCGACCCCUUAACACGGGCACUUUAGAGGAGAAUCUGUGCAAUCCCAGCCCUCUUUUACAAACAAAUAAUGGGGAACUUCACGCUGAGCCAUCUUCUGUGCUUGAAAGAGACGGCCUCUCUCAGUCUCCACGUUUCAAAGGACAAAGAAUUCCUGCUGGACAUACCAAAGAUACUCCGGUCAGACCAGGCGCAGUUCAAAGGAUCUCCAGUGCUGUGUCCCCCAUUUCUCCAAGAACUGCCAGAAAAAGCAGGAGAGGGUCUUACCUUCGGCCAAGGGAUGGAUCUGUGUGCCAUGUCAUUAAUGAUCCUGAUAGCAACUGUGAUAUUGUAUACAUUGGAAAGCCAAUUACUGAAUGUCAGGUUGAAUCUGAAAGUCGGAUGCUCCCACGGCGAAAUGCAAGGAAGAGCACCAGAGGGCACAGAUACAUUGAGGAGUACUGGGAACUGAAAACUGUGAGAACAUUAGCACAUAAGUCAGCUGGGAACGGAAGUGGCAAUUGUCCUGCUCCGAUGCCUGAUAUAAUCACUUUAGUCACGCCGAAGCAGGCUCUCACGAAGCCUGAUGGUGUUCCUCCGCUCAAUAUGCCGUUUACUGGUGAUUGUAUGGAAACCGUUAUUCAGAAAGCUACAGAUAAGCCAAUAGAAAGAGAAAUGCCCGGAGAUGUAGUGACAGCAGUUAGUGAUGAAGAUUUAGUUGUAGAAACCAGUCAGACUGGUCAAACUCAGAACAUUGACCAGGUACUGACUUGUCCUUCAACUGCCUCCUCAUUUGCAGGUGAAGAAUAUAAUGGAAAUGUACCCCAGGAGUUACUUACAGAAGAGCACUUUGCUAACAGAACACCCAAGCCUGCAGACCUUGAGGAUCUUAACAUGUUACAGGUUAGUGGGAAUGAAGAAAAGGAGCCCUCACCAAGGCAGUCCAGAGUUGAUCCUUCAGGUGACCCUCUGAGAGAACCAAUGCCAGAUGACUUGCCAAGCGUUGCAGAAAGUGAAAACCAAAGUUCUACUGCCGAGGCUCCAAGUUCCAUGUCCUUGAACCAAACCGAAGUGGACUCUACUGAUGCCAAGAGCAAAGGUGCAAAUGUGUCAUUGAAAGAAAAGAACUUACUCAGGGAUACUCAAGGUGAGGUCCAGAGUCACUGUGUAAAGUCAGUGACUGAGUUGUUGGCGAGCAAAGAAGAAAAUGUUCAGUUGCAUAAAACAUGUGAAACAGAAACAAGCCUUGUACACAGCGAUGGUGACAAACUAACAGAGGAGAAAGUUAUGAUUACAGAGAUAUCUAAAGAACCUGAUAAGGAAGCAACGAUAAAAGAAACUCCUGAAAGUCAUGAGAAGCUGGAAAAGCCAGAACUGAAGCAGCCGCAGUGCGCCAUUACAAAGAAAGGUAGUGGACGUCGUGUCCUGACAUCCGACAGAUGUUUGCGUAGUAAAGUUCUGACAAACUUCCCAGACACCGCUAAAGUCAGCAGUCCACCUGGUGUGUCUACACUGGAAGAGGUACAUUCUACAGAUUCGCAAGAUGCAAGCCUAAAGACCUCAGAGUCAAAAUCUCCGUUGAAGUAUUUUAAUUCAAAACAGGAGGAGGCAGUUUUGCCCUCCCCUGAUAAUCAAAAUGAUGCGUUCCAGAAUGAGUCAGAAAAAGGUCUUGAGAAAGAGGUCAAAACCUCUGAGAAUGUAGUCAUGGAUAACAGGCUACGAACUAGACAAAAGCACAAGUCCGUUCCAAUAAAAGCAAUUGAGAUGGACAAAGAGCAACAGGUCUCUGAUAAGCAAAGUCCAAAACAGACCAUGACUAUCUGUCGCUGGUUCCUGCAGUCCACAGAAACCAAGUCCCUUGUUAUAGUUAAAAAAGUUAACACGAGGCUUCCGUCGGAAACUCAGCUGUGUUUUCACACUUCGGCAGCAGUGCCAGGGUCUUCACACAGCGUCUUUCCAAGCGUACAGGCUGAGCGCUUGAAAAAACACCUUAAAAAGUUUGCCAUUGCGUCUCCUGUGAAAAGUAACCCCAAAAGUCAAAAGUUAAUUGCUAAAGCAUUAGCGCGAGACAUGUCAGUUGUCAAGGGUAAAGAAAAGCGAGAGCUAACCAGUGCUACGCGAAUCUCCACCAAGCCCAACAAACCCUAUGCUGGAAUGACGCAGGCACAGAUCCCUGAGAGCCAAAAGGCUGCAGCAAGCGUAAAAAACCCAGCCAGUGCCAGAAUUCUGAGGAAGUACUCCAACAUGCGAAGUCUAAGCAAGUCUAAGGAAACCUCAGUGCAAGGGAUCAAAGUAAUUAUGAACCAGCAGUGUACCAGUGGCAGUGUCACCAGGCACCUGUUCUUGUAG